AUGGAUAUAGAUACAUUUAGAAAUGUAUUCAAGAAUAGAUUUAUCAUUUCGACUAUAAUGAUUCAAAUGGUAAAGAUUAGAGAUGUAAGUGCAAGCAUGCAGAGGAUAUUUAGGAACUCUGAAUUCAAUGAUAUAGGGGCACUACUGUCAAACAAGCAAACUACCAAUCUACUCAAAUACAAGUUUGCACGUGGUGAUACAAGUAAACUGACGUUUGAACCAUCACGUCGGUUUUAUACAUCGUUGUUUCGUACUCCCGAUGUAUCAUUGCAACACCAGAUAAUAGACUUUUUGGGUGAUGCUAUCUAUGAUACCUAUGCAUUCUUUUGCAUUGAAUCGUUUGAUGCUAUUAAAGUGCAUCACAGUGUAUUCAUCAGGUUCUUGGACUAUCACAGAGAUAAGAAUAUUAUCAAAUCAUCGAUGAGAUAUGAGUAUUCUGUAAAUAGUCCCAUCUACUCUGUAGAAGUAUAUCAAUCUUUGAUGGGACCAAAUAAAUCAUUAUCUCAGUAUUUCCCAAUCACAGAUUCAUUCUUUAUGGUGGCUACAAAACAUUUAAUCAAACUUGUCAUACAAUCAUACCAAGCAAAGAGACUAUUUGAAAAGUGGGGAGUGAUAUUGGAUACCUUUACCAAUCACAAAGACAUUGGUAAAUUGGAUUAUUUAUCAAGAGUAGUAGAGUCGGCAACUAUAGUCUAUAACAAUUAUCAUCAAGAUUCACAAAUUGAUAUAGCACAAAAGAGAAUGCAUUAUGGAAAUCUAUUGGGAUCAACAUCAUUGGAAAAGAUUGAUGUGUUGGUGUUAUUGGACUUGCGGUUUGAAAUUAAUCAAUCAACAAAUCCUCUAUCAAUACAUAAUUUUAUGGCAAUGGUGUAUAGAUUAAACGAUAUCAAAUUGCUUCGUUUGGUGUUGGAUCAUUCUAUCUUUGCAUUCAAUCACGAACCACUCAUAGAGUAUUCUAGCCAUCUCACUGGAGUAGAAACAUUCAAACAAAUGACUACCAUCCCAAGACUAAAAGAUAAAGGUAAAUUUUUUGAGUAUGCAGCCAAUACACUUGAAAAAGUAUGGUAUAUGCAUACAGAGAUGGCAUAUCAAUUUGAUGGAUUGUCACUAUCAACAGUUUGCAAGUGGGGUGAUAGAGAUGUAUUCUUCUAUGUUUUAGAUAACAUUGCUGACAAGUCACCUGGAUUCCUCAAUCUAUAUGUUGAUGGGAUAUACCAUUUACGAGGGGACUAUAGAGGACAAACAAGUCAAGAUCGUAUUGGACAUAUAGACAUCAUCGAACAUUUGGUUGAACAAAAGUAUAUGUCCUUAUCACAGCUGUCCCCCAAAGUGAUCUAUCCACUAGUCCAAAGCAAACUUCUUCGAACAUUAUGUAUUAACCCACUCGUUGAAAACAUCCAAGUAGACAGUCAACAUUUAGGAUUACUACUUUUAAAAAUGGUAGAGUUUGCUUGUAAAUAUGGAAUGAUAGACACACUCCAAGAUAUUAUCGAAACAUAUUGGUCGGCAUUUAAAACUUUCAAUACAGGUGUUGCUAGCCGAUGUCUCAUUUCAUUGAUGGAUAAUACCCAGUCUCCCAAUGCUCACCAGUUGAUAAUUAAAAUGAUGAGUAUUGUUGAUAUCAACUCAAGUCAUUUACUCAAGAUUGAUAUCACCAAUUCAUUACAAGGAGGUUGUCAGCACCAAGUCAUCGACUAUUACAUGCGUCUUCAUUAUCAAUUCAAAGAUGCUGGUCACCGACGCCGAUUCUUUAUUAAUGUAUUACAGGUCAAGAGUCUUAGGAGAAUGAUCGGAAUGCUUGUUGAAAAGAACGAUUUUAUUUUUAUCCAACAUCUAAUUAAGUAUGACAGUCGCGCCAACAUCACUUCAAUCCUUGAAAAAUCACCUACCACUUUUUCAAAGAGAUUUAUUGAAUAUUCUAAAGCAAUAAAGUUGGUCCAUUAA